UUUCGAAUAUUCGCGCCGAACGUUACAAACAUCACGCCACCUUGCGAUGAAAAGUAGAAUCCGCAGUGAACAAAGAGAGCUAGCUAGCCACUACUAGAAAUUAAGGUUGUGUUUUAUCUCUGUCCGACGAGCGCGUACGGGUCGAGCGCGAAUGGGACGCCUUCUGCACUUUCGGCCAUCAAUUCAUAACCAUCUUUCUUUCUUGUGCAACUGUUUCUUGUCGGUCGUGUUCUGUGAUCUAGUGUUAAUGCAGGAUGGACGCCAUUCGCGCGAGAUAAUUCCCAGUCCUGCCGUGUAGAUAGUGUUGCGCGUGAAGUGCCGGGAGUAUGCUGUAGUGUCUGGUGCGUCAGGGUGGUCUCAGUGCGGCGAGGAGGUUGGGAGGUCGGGAGCUAGGGAGGUCGGCGAAGGCGCUCGGCGAUCGGCUGGGCAUGGCGGGCGCAAGUUAGCGGGCGGGAGCGGCGUCCGCUCGCGCUCCGCCGCCGGCCCGAUGAGCGGGGCAUGCUCGGCGCGGCGGAGGUUUUAUGGGUAUUUGUGUGAGCUGCCGGCGCCGCGAACGGAAGGCACCCGAAAAGGGUUGGGUGCCGCGAGGACCCGCGAAGGGCGCGGCGGCGGCCGAACUGCUGCCACGGCACGCCGACCUGCCAGCCAUGGCAAACUCUAUCUCAAGCAUCAAGAUGAAUAACCCCUUCAAGGUCAUCGUCAGCAAACAGCGGAAACGCUACACAAAGAACGGCUUCAAUUUGGACUUAGCAUAUAUAACUGACCGUCUAAUAGCGAUGGGUUUCCCCGCGGAGAAGCUGGAGGGUGUCUACAGGAACCACAUCGAUGAGGUGUACCGCUUCCUGGAGCAGAUGCACAAGGGACAUUACAAAAUAUACAACCUAUGCUCCGAGAGGUCCUAUGAUAAGAGCAAGUUUCACGAUAGGGUGGUGAGGUACGCGUUUGAGGAUCACGCGCCGCCGAAGAUCGCGCUCAUCCAGCCGUUCUGUGAGGAUGUGCACAAGUGGCUCAGCCAGGAUCCCAGGAACGUAGCCGUCGUGCACUGCAAAGCGGGCAAGGGACGGACAGGCACGAUGGUAUGCUGCUAUCUGCUGUACAGCGGACAGAAGGCGACCGCGGAUGAGGCGCUCAAGUUCUACGGCACAGAGCGGACGUACGACGAAAAGGGCGUGACGAUACCGUCGCAGCGGCGCUACGUGGAGUACUACGCGGCGCUGGUGCGCUCGGGGCUGCAGUACUCCGCCACCAAGCUGCACGUGCGCGAGCUGCUGCUCAGUCCGCCGCCCACGCUCAACGGCGCGCAGUGCACGCUCGAGCUCAGCGCCACCCAGCUCGACCCGCCCUUCAAGACGUCCCUGGGCAGCCAGGAGGUGCGCAAGGCGGCGUCGUGCGUGCGCGUGCCGGUCGCGCACUGCACGCCGCUGCGGGGCGACGUGCGCCUCGAGCUGCACUGGAAGCCCAAGAUGAUGCGCCGCGACAAACUCUUCCACUUCUGGAUCAACACCUUCUUUGUGGCCGCGGCCGUCGGCGCAGUGCGCGUGCCUCCGCCCGACGACAGUCCGAACUUGGAGACGUUCAAGCUGACGCUGAACAAGUGGCAGCUGGACGACGCGCACAAGGACAAACAACACAAACUCUAUAGCUCCGAUUUUAAGGUGGAACUGAUAGUUCAGAAGCAGCCGUCGUCGUCGACGUUCAGCGGUCACUGCGGGCGCGCGCCCUCCCCGCAGUACUCCUCCUCCUCCUCCGGCUCCGAGCCCGACACCGAGACCGACGGCCACUGGGACUCCGGGCCGGGCUGCGAGCGCGUCGGCCGCUACCGCCAGCUGUCCCCCGACGACGCGCCGCACACGUGAAUCCACGUACUUGUGAGUGUGGCACGUGGGGUGCGUGGGGCACGUGGGGCACGUGGGGCUCACCACUUCUAUAAAAACCGCUUUACUCUCCCCUCCACUAUAUGGCAAAGGCUUGAACUCUAAUUCGGUGUCGUAAAGACUAUUUUCCCUUGAAGCCUUUACCCUAGUGACUUUACAAACUCGUAGUGUUCUAUGUGUGUCUAAAAUGUGUAGAUAUAUGAAUAUAAUAAAAAUAAUAACGCGGGUUGUGCCAUUGCCCAGGCGGAUGUUGGACGUCGAAGAUCUUUUUUUAUCUGGAAAAAAAAAGAAAUGUGAUAAUAUGGAGUGUUGUAUGGAAGAAGUGAGUUGUGUUGAGCUCUUAAUGUUUUCACUUUCAGUACACUUGAUCUAUUCAGUGUUUGGUACUUGGAAAGUUGAACAAAAUAUUUUUGUUCUGUUAAAUUUCAAAGUUUAUACCACAUUUGGUCCUUCGAGUCGGAUAAAGUAAAGAGUUUUACAUCACAUAAAAUUAUAUUCAGAAUUAUAUUUUAAUUUAAUCAAAUUCAAUUUAAUGAGUUACAAACAGAUAUAAAAACGGCAAAACACUGACUCUUAUUCGUCCGGUGCCGGCACCGACUAGUUUCGAACCCAUCGGGUGCCCUUCAACAGGGUCAGUGGGAUUGGUAUUCGCGGAUACGACCCGUCGCUCACUGUCGGUGCCGCCACCUGACGAAUAUCUGUGAGUGUUUAGCCGUUUUUAUAUAAGUUUUAAUAAUUUAAUGAGUUACAUUGACAUUUUUUAACUUACAGUAUGUAUUUUUUUUAUUAAAUCAAUUUGGAUCAAUUUGAAGUGUAAUGAAAGUGUAAUCAGAUAGAGAUAGAGUUGAGUUGUCGGCCGACUGUCCUGUUAGUGUGGUCACAACGCCCCUGUCUAAAAUAUAAUUAGAUCUUAUGACUGAUAAGUACAUUGAAUUGUUUCUAUUAUGAUAUUUUUUUACUCUACGUAUUUAUUCCGGUACGAUCGCCACUGUCAUCUCACAUGUCACACAAUGUCACAUGUUUACAUUUUACUUAGAUGUUAUUAAAAUUAAAUAUUGCUAACUAGAUUUUAUUAAAAUAUAUAAGA